AUGUCCGGAGAGAAGCAUCACCGCCGGGAGGUGCCCAUGAUCGUGUACGAGCCGCAGCACAGAGCCGAGCCCUCGGCCCCGGAGCUCGGCCAGGACGGGGACUACGAGUACCCUCCUCCCCCACCUUACUCCUACCGAGAAACCACCAUCGUGGAGGAGCCCGUUUAUUUGGUGUCCCAGCCUCCCAUCAUUGUGGCAGGGAUCUUCUCCAGCAAACCAACAUCCACAAUCUGUCCUUCCUGCCGCCAGCACAUCACCACCCAGGUCACCUACAGACUGGGCAAGCUGUCCUACCUCCUGUGCACCAGCCUGUGCAUGGUUGGGUGCUGCUUUGGAUGCUGCUUCGUCCCUCUCUUCGUGAAGAUCUUCAAGGAUGCAGAUCAUUACUGCCCAUGCUGCCAGUUUCACAUUUAUAGAUACAAAAGACUAUAG